GCGUCGGGGUCAAAGGCACUUGGUUGCAAAACUUCAAUAUAACGGCUGAAGCAAGGUGCCUAUGGCCUUGGAUGACCUUCAAACUAUGGUUUCGUGUGGUUGGCUAAGGUUUUGUUUUUGUGAAUCACUCAUGUUAGAUAACCCUCGCGCUAGAUAACCUUCCGUUCUCAAACCGGGUAACCGUGUCCACUAUAGCUGAUACAAUAGUUUGUUUACGCAGGAUUCGAGUACCACUUGAAAUACAACAGGAAGAACUGGAAUUCGCGCCUAUUCAGGGAAUGGGGCGCCACAAAGGGCCGCUUGAAAACGGGAACAGCCAAUGUGCAGGCGCAGCUGUUCCGUGUUUGGAACAAAUAAGGACAGUGGAAGAUUCUGAUGAUGAAGUAGACCAUCCGCUCGUGUAUAAAAUCAGUGACAGACCACCUGUCCAUCUCAUACUUCUUUUUGGGUUUCAGCAAGCAAUAAUCUCAAUAGCUCAUCAGUUAGUCGUGUCACUUUUGGUUGCGGAAGUGGUAUGUGCUUCAAACGACAGCGAGUUCAAAGCGAGGCUAUUGAGUUCUACGUUGUUUAUGACGGGACUUACAACUUUGCUCAUGGUCACUAUAGGGGUCAGGUUACCGUUGUUCCAGGGGGCAGCUAUAGAGUACCUGUCCCCACUUCUGUUGCUAGGCACUGUGGAUUCAACUUUCUGUACCACUGUUCCUGCCUCAGGGGAGGCAACUGCUGCUUUGAAUGUGACAGCAAAUGUGACAUCAGAUGAAGGCCGUGACAUCAUUCUUAAUGCUGUAACAUCGUUACAGGGAUCCCUUAUGAUUGCCGGUGCUAUUCACACAUUUGUCGGAGCGACAGGAAUCGUUGGCGUGCUACUGAGAUUUAUCGGUCCAAUGACAAUCAUUCCGGCUGUUCUGCUAAUCGGGUUGUACAUGAUUAAAGCAACUGCAAAGUUUGUAAUAAUACAUUGGAUAGUUGCAGUUAUAACAGCCAGCGUUACACUAUUUCUGUCUCUAUACUUGGGUCGUAAGAAGACACCUAUUCCCGCGUGCUCAAGGAAAAAGGGAUUUCGCAUAAUAUGGUACCCGUUUCAUCAAGUGUUUGCUAUUCUCAUCGGCAUGAUAGUUGGGACGAUAGCAUGUGGAAUAAUUACUGCCUAUGAUUUAGUACCAAACGAUCCUAACAAUCCACGGUACCAUACGCGUACAGAUUCUAGAAUAGAUGUCUUGGAUAAAGCAGAAUGGUUUUACUUCCCAUAUCCAGGGCAAUUUGGUGCGAUGGGAUUCAGUUCCACAGCUUUGGUUGGCUGUCUCCUAGCAACCAUUCUUUCUAUCCUGGAUUCAGUAGGUGAUUAUUUUGCAUGUGCACGUGCUUGCCAUGUACCUCCACCCCCACGUCAUGCUGUGAACCGCGGGCUCACUGUAGAGGGACUUUGUACGUUCCUGGCUGGUACAAUUGGAUGUGGGCAUGCUACCACAACCUAUGCCGGAAAUAUUGGGGCCAUGGGACUCACUAAGGUGGCUAGUCGUUGGGUAUUUGUAGCGGUUGGAGUUAUAUACAUGUUGAUUGGUGUGUUGGGUAAAUUAUCGGCUGUUUUCAUCAUGAUACCAGAACCGGUGCUAGGUGGCGCUCUCAUGUCUAUUACUGCAGUAUUUAUAGGUGUUAUUCUGUCCAAUUUAACUGAAAUCUCAUUGAAAAGCACAAGAAAUUUAGCAAUUCUUGGAUUAGCACUACUUGUUGGUAUCAUGGUACCAUAUUUCAUUGAAAAUAAUCCAGAAAUAAUAGAGACAGAAAAUCUGGCAUUGAAAAACUUUUUAAAGAUGUUUUUUGGCAAUGCAAAUUUUGCCGGCGCAUUGUGUGCAUUUAUCUUGGACAACACUGUUCCUGGGACCAAAGAGGAGAGAGGAAUUCUUGCAUGGAGCAAGCCCGAUUAUAAUGACAAGUCAGACUAUAUCGAAACUUCAGAACUAUAUAUUCCACCAAUGCCAAAAGAGAUGAGAAGAUCCAAGUGGCUAAAGUUUAUUCCAUUCCUGCCAGAGCCUGAGGUGGAUAUUACAAGGGAGGGGUUUGAAAGAAGUGUGUCUGUGGACAGAGAAGACAUUGAUGUAUUAUAAUGACGGUCAAGCAAUAGUUAUUUUGGUGAAUCUCGUGAAUUUUGUAGCAAAUGUUUUAUCAAUCUAUCUUUGACAAGUCAUAUCUGAUUUAGGUCACGCAAUGACUAAUCAGGCGUUCUUGAAAAUGUGAUCUUUAUAUAGACAUUCCUGGUACUUUUAUCAUCAUUUUCAUGUUGGACAAAGGAUGUAGUUUUGCAGUUUUGGUCUUAAUUUACAAGUUAAAGCACUGGUUUGUAAUGUGUGUUAGUGUGGUAUACUAUAUUUUUGUUUUUACAACUUCUUACAACAGACAGGAAAUAAACAUAAAUAUUUUUUCCUUUGAAAGAAAAACUAAACCCUUUAUGUACUGAAUCCAAAAGUGAUCUGAGCUUCGGUCACCAGUAUAGAUCCAGGCCAGCCUGGACCCCUGUGCUGUCUAACCAGGCUCUAUACUGUCAAUGGACCAACUUUCCAUCUUGAUAUCCCCAAAAUUGAUAAUGGAUACUUCCAGAAAUGGGAGCUUGACAAGUCCAUUUGUCAAAUUCAGUAGAUAAAGGGUAAGACUGUGAUAGGUAUGCAUUAUUUUCCUGUGUGUAAAUGUAAAUGAGAGUUAACUGAAUCAUUAUAGAAUUAACUGAAUCAAUAGAGUAGAUUGAAUCAAUUAAGAGUCACCUAAAUGAAUAGUUCAUUGAAUGAAUAGAGUUAUCUGAAUCAAUAGAGUUAAAGUGACAUUAUGCCCAUCCAAGGGUAUGUAGGGAGCGAACAGAUGAAUAUCAAAAUAAGUUUUCAUUUUGCUAUAUUAUUCCUUUUAAUUUAAUAAUUUACUUCCCAUAAACAAUAAAUAAUGAUAAUAAU